UUUUUCCCAACGAAAAUGACUUUAUUCAGUUUUGGGUUUAAGGCUUCGCCCAACAGCAUCCAAGCAUCCUCAGUCCCCAAAAAUGCAGCGCGCGUUCUCUUUGCGGGGUGGGCGUCCUUUGUUAUUGAAAACAAAGAUGGGCUGAUUGAGAUCUGCGGAGAAUACGGACCCGAAGAAGCGCUGCUCAUCCACGCUUUAACCUCUGCAAAUGCAGUACAUUUAGAUGCUCCACAAACACUAGGAUUGUCCCUCAAGUUCUUUGGAUGGGAGGCUCUCCAAGGGUUCUUGACUCCAGCGGGAUAUGUUGUCGGGCUUCGUCACGGCGCAGAUGCUUUGUCACCAACAUCAAGCAGCGGCGAUGUGCAGGUGUACUACCGAAACGCGAAAGAUGCGGCUGCAUGCGGACGAUCUGUAGACCAUUUAACGGUUGUCGUUGAUGCCCUAACAGGCCGGCUACAUUAUUGGACAUCCACGGAAUCUAGGCCUCAACCGGUCCCAAUAACAGGGCGAUUAUCUUCAGUCAAGUUUCAGAAGGUGUGGGCUGGAGAGGCGCACAUGGUUGCCUUGGCCACGGACGGAACACUAUAUAGUUGGGGAUCCGGAAGAUAUGGACAACUCGGACAUGGUGAUCUGGUGUCAGAAUCAGUGCCGAAAGCGAUUGAGUCCUUGGAAGGCAUGCACAUUAUCGAUGCUGCCUGUGGAGCCUCUUUCAGUGUGGCACUUUCGGAGUCCGGUGAUGUGUAUAGUUUUGGGCUGAAUGACCAUGGACAGCUUGGGAUAGGCAGGCGAGAAGGGUCCUCGGAUGUGGAGAAAAGGAAUGCGCGUAACACUUCAUAUCCACAACUUGUGGAUUUCUUUGCGAAGGAUUCGGUCGAGCCAAUUGAUGUCACUGUUGUAAGUGUCGCGUGCGGCUCUGCCCACAUGAUUGUACUAGAUGAUCAGCGCAGCUUCUGGAGCUGCGGGUGGGGGAAAUAUGGUCAAUUAGGACAGACGAUGUCUUCCGAAUCAAGGGACACGAUGGUGCAGAUGGUCCGAUCGACGGGUUCGGUGGUACGAGCGGAUCAAUAUUCUUUGAGAAAGAGAGCCGAUCAGAGGGCAGGACCGUGGACGAAUGCUAUCUGCGGGUUAUGGAGCACGUUUCUCUGGAGCGCGGAUGAAAUCGAAGAUGGGAGUGGCGGGGCAUCGCCAUAGUAAAUCCAAGAUGCACGAUGCUAUAAGGGGAUGUAAGAAGUGGAAGUGGUACUCGGAUAUGGUUAUCACGUCAUAUAUAUCAGUCUUGCGUCUUCGACGACUACGAC